AUGGAAUCGUGCUGCAUUAACCAGUUUCUCGAGGGCAAGACCAUUUUCAUCACUGGUGCAACAGGCUACCUAGCAAAGAUUCUCACGGAGAAGAUACUCCGAGUCCAGCCAAAUGUGAAGAAGCUCUACUUGCUAAUCAGAGCUUCAGAUUCAAAUUCAGCUAAACAGCGUUUCAAUGAGGUUAUAAAAACAGAUCUGUUUGGAGUUCUGAGGGAGAAGUUGGGCCACAACCUACAAGGCCUUAUAGAAGACAAGGUUUUCCCAGUUGCAGGUGAUAUAGCUUGUGAUAGUUUGGGUAUAAAUUUUGAGCUGAAAGACGACAUGUGCAGAGAAAUAGACACAAUUGUAAACUCUGCUGCAACAACUAGAUUUGAUGAAAGAUAUGAUACUGCAAUAAGGAUCAAUGCACUGGGUGCCAUGAAUAUUAUCAAAUUUUCCAAGCAGUGUAUAAAACUAAAGAUGCUUCUCCAUGUAAGCACAGCUUAUGUUUGCGGGGAAAAGAAAGGAUUAAUACCAGAGAAGCCAUUGAACUAUGGUGAGACGCUUAAUGAAAGCUCUCGCAUAGAAAUAGAAGUGGAGCAAAAGGCAAGGCUACAUGGAUGGCCAAACACAUACUCAUUCACAAAAGCAGUGGGAGAGAUGCUUUUGGGACACCUCAAGGAGGAUCUCCAACUCAUAAUCCUACGACCAACAAUUAUAUUAAGCACUUACAAGGAGCCAUUCCCGGGAUGGGUUGAAGGAAUGAAAACCAUGGACACCUUCAUUGUUGGCUAUGGUAAAGGAAAACUAAAUGUUGGCAUGGCUGAUAGAGAAUCGAUGACGGAUGUGGUAUGUGAGUCAUGUGUUUAGUGCAUACCUUACAACAUGUGCAAGUUUCUUUUGUUUGCAUCAACUGGUCUUAAUUAGUUCAUCUACACUUUGAGUUUCGACGUAUUUACUCUAAUUCCUUAAUGCCAUCUUGCAAUUUUGCAUAGAUUCCAGCCGAUAUGGUUGUGAACUCAGUUAUCGCGGCUAUGGUAGCCCAUAGAACUCCAUCUUCCCUUACAGCUGUUUACCAUAUUAGCUCCUCAAGAAGGAAUCAACUCAAAAUUGAUGAUAUUAUACAAAUUGGCGUUGAUUACUUCAAGAAGAAUCCAUGGAUUGACGAAAGAGGAAAGCUAGUCAGAGCGAAGAAAGUUCAUGUACUCGACAGCAUGGCUAGCCUUCGUAGAUACAUAGCAAUCCAUUACAUGCCACUAUUAACGGUUAGUUUUCAUAGUAAUGUCUUCUUUAAAAAACUGUAGAAUUUACACCUUUUUUACUUCACUUGGCCAUAAAGUAGGACAGUUCUAACUUGGAUUAUAUAUGCUUAUAGAUGGUUACUAGAAAAAUAUGCACACUUCAAACUUAGAACAAUUAUGUCAUUGGCUAAAAAUCAGUUGGUAUAAACUAGAAAACUCAUGAUAUUAUGAACUAAAAGAGGGAAAGAUCCCGAUAUGCAUGAGAGAUGUAUAGAAAAGGAAUUUUAUGAACAUUGAUGCACGUCAGCAUUGAUGGAUUACCACUGGCUAAUUAAGUUUAUAGUUUUAACAUGUUUCAGAUAUUAAAGUGGGCAAACUUGAUACUUUGCCAACAUUUGCAAGACCUGCAUCCGGACUUAGAAAGAAGGAUCAAUCAUGCCAUUCGACUAGCUGAACUCUACAGGUCCUACUUGUUCUUCAAAGGAGUGUGAGUUUAUUAUUACUUUAGAUUAACUCAUUCAAAUAGUCAACAGUUUAUUAGUAGUAAUUAUUAAAUAAUCAAAUUUAAAGCUUUCCCUAAUUGCUAUUUUAUUCCAACUCCAUCGCUGCUGAUUUUUACCAGUUUAAAUGAUACCAAUGCUGAAAUGUUGCGAAUGGCAACAAGAGAAAGUAAUGUAGAUGAUACAUUUAACUUUGACCCAACAACUAUUCAGUGGGAAAAAUACUUCAAGGAAAUCCAUAUUCCAGGAGUAGUGAAGUACCUUUUCUAAGAAAGCAGAAUUAUGUGAACAAAGGAGGCUGAUAUGCUGCUCUGCUUACACUGGGAAAGUUGUGUUGCUGCUUACAUUCUAUUAUGUAGUUGUUUGAAUAACUACGCCAGUUCAAGAAAAUGUUGGUUUUAUAUGUAAUUAUAUUGAAGUACUACUUUUGAUGUUUCACAUGUGAUUGAUAUUAUCCACUUGCAAACUGAAUUCAAAAGAUUCGGUUCUCAUUUUACAUAUGUUACUGCCUUUAUCAGAAGAAUAGAGAUUUUAUAUACUGCCAUUUCAUUUUUUUUCUAUUUCUGUUGAUGGUCUAUGCCAA